UCUAGAUAUUUCUGAUGCAGAAAUGUAAUAGAGCUUCAACAGGCUAAGAAUGCCUAAAUUUUUGGUAAUAAAUUGAACCUUUGCAGUGCGCCUCGAUACCGGGCUAUCUCCUCGUCUGGCCGCGAGGACACAAUUAGCGUAUUUUUCUGCCACCCCAAUUUAUGACUGCUUAUUGGCUGGAAGUCGUUAAUCUAGCUUGCCUAUUGGCCAUGUCAAGGCGGUAAGGCACGACAAGCCAAAGAACCACAAUUACCCGUCAGAUUUCUCCGUCGAACAUGAUCACACAACAAUCUUCGAAUAAUACAUUGAACAAAUUGUUAUUAUUCAUUCACUCAAUAUGACCUCCUCAGGCCCUUGCGCAGCGUGUAGCUGGACUACUGAACGCCAAAAGCAUUGUAACUACAAAAGCCAUGUCAAUCUAUUCUACGAAGCAGGCGAUCGAGGCGUCUGGUCAUUGGGCUCAAAUUUGAUUCUUAAAGAUCGAGGUGCUAGGCUUCCGACCAUUGAAGUACCAAAUAUUCAGUUUGUGCAGGAAAAGACAUCCAUUCCUGUUCCCACCGUUGUCGAAUCUUGGAACGAAGGCGAACACACCCUUAUCUUAAUGAAGCGUAUUCCUGGCGAGCCCCUCAGCAACGUCUGGCCGCAGCUUUCCACAGGUCAAAAAGAAAUGAUAGCUAGGCAGACAGCUGAGUAUCUGCUAGAACUUCGCAAGCUUCAGUCCGAUAAUAUCCAAGCGCUUGAUGGCCGUCCUGUUUAUUCCAAUUUCCUGUUCAAAGACAAAGACUCCGAGCUUCCUCACGGUCCUCUAGCAUCGGAUGACGAACUCUGGGCUGAUAUGGAGCGUGGGUUGAAAGAAACCAUACCCGAGGCUGCGCGAAUACGACUUCGACAUUGCAUGCCAUCCGCUACGCCUUAUACCUUUACGCAUGGCGACCUCACUAAUGUCAAUAUCAUGGUUGAAAACGGCUCUGUUACUGGCAUAAUUGAUUGGGAGAUGUCUGGUUACUUUCCAGUAUGGUGGGAGUAUGUUUGUACAUCAGUCCCUGAUAGUAUGGAGGACAAGGAGUGGAAGGCUUUGCUACGAAAGUAUAUGCCCGAUCACAGUGUCGCGCGUGAAUUUUGGCUGGAUUAUUAUUAUCUCUGCAGGGAUCCAGAAAGUGAAAGAGCAAUGAAGUUCAUCGAAGAAACAAGGAGUGAGAACCUUUAGGGAGAUAUUUAACCUAUCUCUCUUAAAAGAUCGACGGGAUUUCUUAUCGGUAUCUCAAACACUUCUUUUCUACGUUAUCAUGUCUUGCAUAUAACUAUCCCUAGCAAGAAAUCCCAUACUUUAUGGUAGGAAUGUCUCGGCAAUAGUGAAUUUGUAUCAUGAUUUUCAAUGGGACAGCGAAGUUUUUAAGGUGGCUGGAAAAUGCUGAAGCAACAGUGAUAUGUUUUAUUUACUAGAAUAAAGCUAGACAUGUAUAAACGGGUGACAAAAAGCAAGUUGAUAUGCUAGAAAUAAUAUCAUGUGAACACAGAAGGACACGGAUAAAAAGUGACACAAAAGCCCCAAUUAAUACAAUUUCCUCGUGUUCCAUACCUUUGAACGAGCAAAUGAAGAUUAGCCCUCGUCCAUGAUGGAGAGAGUACGGGAUAUAUCGAUAUAUCUUUGAAGCCGAUAAGCUUAGGCUAUUGAGUAAAGGAAGGAAGCACACCAGAGGCUCAAGCCAGGCCUUUUCCUUUGAGCCUGGCUCUUAGAUUUAGGCCCCUUUCAUAGCUUUGGGCAGUUCGGCACCGCAACUUUCGCAAUUGUCCUUGUAGGUCGGGUUAUUGUGGUUGCACUUGGGGCACUUCAUGGUUGAUGGUUGCGAUGGAUUGCAGCGAAUUUAUUUGGAGCUAGCUGAGGAGAAUAUGAUAGUGGAAUGGAUGGAAUGAUUGAUAGCCCACUCGCCUGGCGAGAGGGCUGUAUUUAUAGGGUCACUCCUGCAGACCUGAACCAACACCCUUGUGGUCAUGGGAGUCAAACAUAUGGGCAGAACUUGAACCAGCAGGUCUUCGCGAUGGUCCACCAGCGCGUUACAAUAAAGGGAUGUAACAUGAUUAAGCGGCUACAGUCAGACUUAAUCCUUGAGGGCCCUGGGGUCCCUUAAGAAUUGAUCCUUUUGGCCCAGUUGUUUUCCAACAGCCACACACAGACUGUCAGCCAAUAGAAUUGAUGGAACUGGCCAGUUAGGUCCACGAAAGUGAUUGCUUCGGGGUUAUGCCUUAAUAUAUCAGGAUUACAGGGUUUCUCUAGCCAGGCAUAAUUCAUGCGCCGAUAUCACACUCCAACUCAUCAGGGAGAAAGUAUGGCUCCUCGAUUAGAUUCGCCAGCGUCAUCUAAGCUCCAAAUCUAUAAGUCGGGUCGGCGGGAAGUCCCAUGAAUUGAGAAAUCAUACCUUCAUAGGAUUUCAAUCGUCGUGGCAGCUUUCGCAACGACCAUGGCGACAGAGACUGUUAUGACAAAGGCUGCCUCGAUUAUGCUGUCGACGACAGGUACAGCACACCCAGCUGAACGAACCUACUCUGAGUAAAAUUGCUUAUUAAACAACGAUAUAUGUUGG